AUGGUCUACACAACAUGGCUUGUGGUGGUUAUUGAAAGCUAUAGUGUUAUCUUCUUUAGCAACAAGUGUCAAUCAAUAUUUUGUCAUAUGACUUUGCAUAUUGGUUAAUUUUAUUAACCCGAUAAUUUUCCCUAUGAGUUUUAAUUGUGUGUGUUGACUUCAUUUUUUAAAUAAUUGCUAGGAGCAGGUGAGAUGACAUGCUUGUCAAUAAUCAGUGAAAAGAUGAAUGAAUGAAUUAUUACUGGGAUUUUUCUAUUCCUCAACAAUGAGCGGAUAUUUUUUCUCUUGAAUUUGAAUAAUAAUGAGGAGUACAAUAUGAAGGAGAUGGUAGGAGGCUGCUGUGUGUGCUCAGACGAGCGAGGUUGGCCCGACAACCCGCUGGUCUACUGCGAUGGCAAUGGAUGCACUGUUGCAGUACAUCAAGCAUGUUACGGCAUAGUGACCGUACCAACUGGUCCGUGGUUCUGCAGAAAAUGUGAGAGCCCCGAAUUCAAAGGGAAAGUUCGAUGUGAACUGUGCCCAUCAAAGUCCGGUGCUCUUAAGCGGACUGAUACAGGGGGAUGGGCUCAUGUGGUCUGUGCCCUUUAUAUUCCCGAAGUGAGGUUUGGGAAUGUCACAUCUAUGGAACCAAUUGUAUUACGGCUAAUACCACCAGAAAGAUACAACAAGUCAUGCUAUAUUUGCCAAGAUUUGGGCAAAUCGCAUCGGGCAAAUGCAGGUGCUUGCAUGCAAUGCAAUAAAUCAGGAUGCAAACAACAAUUCCAUGUGACGUGUGCUCAGAGCCUUGGCCUGUUGUGUGAAGAGGCCGGCAAUUAUCUUGACAAUGUAAAAUACUGCGGCUAUUGCCAACAUCAUUACAGUAAACUUAAAAAGGGCGGUAACGUGAAGACCAUCCCUCCUUACAAGCCGGUCUCACACGAAAGCCAUUCGAGCGACUCAAGUGAGAAAGAAGGUGAAGCGUCCCCCAUGGCUAGCGGCAGCGGAACACCAACACACCCAGCUAAAGCUAAAGGGUCUCGCAAGUCUUCUCACAGCAGCAGCGUCAUAUCUGGAAAAAAUACACCGAACGCAUCAAAAACACCCACCAAUUCGGGACAACAAAUGGAGUCCGGCCCGGAGCCGAUGGAACAAGCUCCAUCAUCACGGAAACACAAGUCGUCUGACAAACGUGGAAAAUCCCAUAAAUCGGUAGACAAAAAGAAACCAUCGCCUUCUCGUCGCGGAUCCUCAACUGGAGACACGGCUGGUAGUGGUAGCAAAAACAGCACACCAGCGCCCUCUCCGCAACACGCUGCCCCGGAACAAACACCUCCGCCACCUGUUAAAGUGUCGCCGGUAUCUAAUACCGCACACAACAUACCAAUCAACACAGCGAAGAUACCACUGCCGGCAUCCCCGCCUACUGUCAAGCCUACAGAACCUGCAGGUGUCGUCAAUUCUACAGCAGCUCCAACUCCGACUGUCUCCUCCACCACUGUAACUACACCAAAUAGCACCCCCGUGUGCCUAUCAAUGGUGCCUUUGCCUCCAUCGAAAAGCUCGACAUAUCAAGAUAGCAUAAUUGCCAAUAUGGACAAUGUAGAAACCAAACAGACAAAGAAGAGGAAGGCUCUCUCAGCUGCAAGUACACCGACCAGGCCUGUUGAUUACGCCGCGACACCGCCUCAUACUGCGCCCAGUGAUAUGAGUGCCCCUAACAGCACCCCUGUCUGGGAAGGUGCUCAUCCAACAACCGAUGUACAGAUGGAUCCUGUUGACAAAGUCAUCAAAAAGGCAAAGACUGAAGAACCACCGCCAGUGUGUCACUUCCCGAACUUGAGCCCGGCACCACCUCCGCCGCCGCCGCCCCCAGCUCACAGCCCUGCACUGAUGCCGAGCCCGAGACAUCUUCCCAGUCCUAAACCAGGACCUAGCGGAAUAAAUAGCGUUAGCAACAUGAGGUCGCCAUCGCAGCUCCAGGGUGGGAAGUCCGAGCGGGACCCGGCCACAUCGCUCCUAGUGUCGGUGCCCUUGCCGUCUGCCAGCCAAGGUCUCAACCUCACCGCGCAUUCACAGAUCCCCAUCUCGAUGGCACACGCAAUGCCAUACCAUAUUCCACUAUCCGAGUUGCCUGGCCCUUCUUCGCAUGUAUUCCAUCAACCACCAAAACAGGCUGCUAUGGACCCAGGUGUUCCCAGUCACUCGCCUCAUGCUAUACCAGGCAGAUCAACUUGGGGCGGUCUUAAUGUCUCCUACGAAAUGCAACACGAUAUCAACAAACCUGGACUAAGCGGUUUACCUGGAACAAGCAAGGAUCUAAAUGCUGCGGCCAUGAGCCCGGUACCGGGGGCUAUUAGGAACAAGAAACGCGCUGCGGUAUCCUCUACCCUAGUCUCCAUGUCGACCGUACCACCACCUACUCCGAUGCAAUUGCCCACGACACAUAACCUCGCGAACAUCCGUAGGCCGCCCCUGGCUACACCGCCGCUAAUGUACCAAGACAUUAAAGAUUCUCCGCCAAGUUCACCCAAUUCUGAACGUCCCUUGAAACCUAAAAUGGAACAUAAUGUGUACAGUCGUAUCGGCGCAAAUUGCACCGCACCACACAUGUUGGGUAACGAAUUGAACCCGGAGAGCGGUGCGGCGGCGCGCCUGCAGGAGCAGCUGAGUGCGGAGUUGGCGGCGCACGCGGCCGGCGGCAUCGGCGUUGAUCCACUAGUACCUCCGCCACUUAUCAACAGAGCUGCCCCGGGGAGCUGGCCUGGUGAGGGUAGCUCUGCUAUUGCGGGUGUUAGUGGUUUGAGUGGUCGUGGGGCAACAUCGAGUGCUCAAAGUCUAGACCAGUUGCUAGAAAGGCAAUGGGAACAAGGCUCUCAGUUCCUUAUGGAACAGGCUCAACAUUUUGAUAUAGCAUCAUUGCUGUCGUGCCUGCAUCAGCUCAGAACGGAGAAUGUUCGUCUUGAAGAGCAUGUGGGGAGCCUGCUGCAAAGGCGGGACCAUUUGCUGGCCGUUAAUGCCAGACUUGCUAUUCCCCUCACCGCUGCUGUGGCAGCAGGUCCUCCGGAGCCAAGUCGAUGCAUGCGCGAUGUGCCACAACUGCGAGCCACGCCCGGCCCUGUCCGACCUAACGAAACUAUCACCUCGGAGCGUUCGCAUCAGCUGAUAAUGCGCGAGGUGCAGCAGCAGAAGCCCAGCUGAAACCAGGAGAGUGGCGGCGCGGCCGAACCCAACGCGCUGCGGAACGUACAAACGUACAUAUAUCUCGAGCAGCGCCGCCGCCCUGAUUUCUCCAUCGACUCUAUACUCAAUUACGAUAACUAGAUCAAUGUCUAAAUCGAUAUUUACCAUCAGAAAGUAAUCGAUGUUGAAAAAAAACUUUUAGAACGCGAUCAACUUGUGUUUGUGUAGUUUUAAUUUAGUGUAAUGAUACAUUACGCUGGGUGUUGACUGUCGUGAUACUUGUAAUAAAACAAUGACAUCCUAUGUGUCAAGAGUCAUGACAGUCGCAAUCCAGUGUUAUAUUGUCAAUCGUAUCCUAAAUUUCUAACUAAUGCAUUAUUAAUACUAGGAUACUAUUGACGAUUUACAAUGCAAAAAUAAAUCGCAAAUUGUCAUCAAAUAACAAUGAUAUUUGACGGCAAUUAUCAAUUACUUAAUAAAUUAUAGUCUAAGAGCUAGUGGAAGUAAACCUUUACCCAUCUGAUACAGAUGAGACGUUUUUUUUUUAUCAAAUAUUAUUAAUCAACAAACACGCGUAUGAUAACUUCUAUCGAAGUCUUCAUGGCUAUAUUUAAUUGAAUUAUUUUUUUUUUGUAUAUAAGUAAAAUAUCAAUUUGGAUUAGUUAUCAGAUCGUUGUAAUAGUUAUAUAACUUACAUCUUUAUUCAUCGUUUUCAUUUAUUAAAUUAAAUUUGUAAAGUUUAGUAGUCAAAAACAUUUGUGGAAAAAAUACGUCCUAUUUGCUUAACUGAUGGCUGAAGGUCGACCUCUUAGUCGUUUCUACUAUUAUACUAAACAACUUCGUAGUAGAAGGUUACCUAGACUUAGUUCAAAGUAACAUAUUGAACUUAUAUUAAAUCUAUUAUGGAACACCACCGGACAAACGAACUCUCGAAUUGACUAAAGACGGAAUAAUCGUCACAAUAAACGGCUAAUGACUAAAAAAAAACUACGUAUUAAUGACGAACGAAAUGUAUAUUAAUUACCAAAAAUUACGGACAAAAUAAAUUUGAAGUAAUUCUAUGAAAAGACUUAUCGAAUAAGUGAAGUAAAAAGGAAGACUUUUACCUAAUUGCAGUUUGAUUAUUUGCGCUCAGUGAAGUAAUGAUCGAGUGAAUAUUAAAUAUGUUUAAACGUGUUUACGUAUUGCUCUCAAUAUAAUGGACAAAGUUUGACGUGAAUUUUAAUGUUUAUAGUAAUUAAUUGGUGUAUUACAUGUUUGCUUAUAACUAAAUGAAUAUAACGGCCUCUAUAUAUGUUUACUAUAUGUCAUAUUAUCUUUCUUUUAUUAAUUUUUGAUAUUAAUUUCGAUUUAUAUUGUUUUACUCCCUUAAAGUAUCCGUGGUUUUACACUGUCGGAGAAAAAUAAGUAAUUUUAUCCUGUCAUUAUCAUUGGAAAUUCUCAAAUUUGUUUGUGUACUUUGGAAAAUUACGUUUAAAUAUUUAUUUUGUCAG